UCUCUAAAAGCUUGAUCACAGCGACCGCCGAGCAAAGGAGAGAAGGCUUAAGAGAACCCGACUCGAGCCAAGCCACCCUCGCUCCUGGAAUCAUGAACUUUCUGCUCACUUGGAUCCAUUGGGGGUUGGCGGCGCUGCUUUAUUUCCACAACGCCAAGGUGUUGCAGGCUGCUCCUGCCCAGGGGGAUGGAGACAGGCAACAAGGUGAAGUUAUCCCAUUUAUGACCGUCUAUGAGCGCAGUGUCUGCAGGCCAAUUGAGACCAUGGUAGAUAUUUUCCAGGAGUAUCCUGAUGAGGUGGAAUACAUCUUGAAACCACCCUGUGUGGCCCUGAUGAGAUGUGGAGGAUGCUGUAAUGACGAAGCGCUAGAAUGUGUGCCUACAGAGCUGUACAAUGUCACCAUGGAGAUCAUGAAACUCAAACCCUAUCAGAGCCAGCAUAUACAUCCAAUGAGCUUCCAGCAGCACAGUAAAUGUGAAUGCAGACCAAAGAAAGAAACCAGAAUUAUACAAGAAAAAAAAUCAAAGCGAGAAAAGGGGAAGGGUCAAAAAAGAAAGCGCAAGAGAGGCCGGUAUAAACCACAGAAUUUUCACUGUGAACCUUGCUCAGAAAGGAGAAAGCACUUGUACAAACAAGAUCCCCUGACCUGUAAAUGUUCCUGCAAAUUCACAGACUCACGUUGCAAGUCGAAGCAGCUUGAGUUAAACGAGCGCACUUGCAGAUGUGAAAAACCAAGGCGGUGAGCAGCAGGGGAAGAAAGGGAGUGCGGGAGCAGCCUUGGUUCUGGAGCCUGACAUCUCACCUGGUCAGAAAUUGAAAACAAACACUAAUCCAAAUGAACACUAAAAAUGAAGGAUCAGCAGCGCACAGCACUUUUGAGUAUGGACGAUAGACUCUGGAAGGAACAUUCCCUGAGGACCCGCGCAGGAUUCACCUUUCGGUUUUGAACUGGUUUUACAGAAAAACUUUCCUUCUCAUGCUGCUAAGAUAUAGAGCCAGGGAGAGUGGAGUGAUAUAUGCUUGGGACUCCCCAUACACAUGAAGUAUAUGUAUAUGUAUAUGAAUAUGUAUGUGUAUAUGUAUAUAUACUGAAUUUCUAAAACAUUGCUAACAUUAUUGGUGUCUUCACUGGAUAUACUCAACUGCUGUGGACACAAGUGGGCUAUUUGGGACAUAAGAAAGAAACUACGACUGGACUCCAGUCAAUACUGCUCAAUAUAUUCUUCAUAUUCUUCCUGACCCUCUA